AGCGCGCUGUCGGGGAGCCGGAGGUCGAGCGGCUCGACGGUUCCUUCGCCUGGGUCGCCCUGCGAGGGAAAGGUGGGAGGUUAGCUAUUUGGACGACAACUCGUUUAGAUCGGGUUGUGUAGAAACGCAACUCCGAUGCCCACAAUGACCGACCUCGUGAAGUUCAAACAGGAAGAAAAGAAGAAAAGAAAAGAAAAAGCAAAGACUUACCGGAUGCUUCCAAUUCCGGGGCAUCUCCUUCCAAUGCGGAUCAAUGAGUCCGCUCAUAUUCGUUGGACACCACACGCGCGCUGUGGUCGAUCCAGGGUCGACCAUCACCGGAAUCACCGGGAAAAGAUCGUUGAUAUUGUUCGCUGGCAUCUCCAGCGGCCAAGGGAACGGGAGCAGCUCGGCGCUCUCCGCGACGACGGGUGCCGCGCUCGUGGUCUGGAAGCCGUGCUCGGCCAGGUCGGUCUCGUCCAAGGCGGCAGCAGCAGCACCCGCCGACAUUGCCGCCGUUCCGUCGUCCAACCUCACGAAGUUGACCAUGAAGUCGUUGGCGGCACCGCCAUCGUUGGCCGGCAUGUCGGCGGGUGCCGUGCCCGGGGUGCCACCAUCGUUCUCGGCCGGGGCAGGCUGGGCUGCGAGCGCCCCGUUCUCGAGGAUCAGGUUCACCAGCCGGCUGAUCUCCUCGUCGAUCGGCUCGAAAUAUGGAACCGGGACGCGGCGGCGGCUUCGUUGGCUGCGCGGGUUGUCAGCUGUCAGCCCACAGCAACCGAAUGUUAUUUAUUUUGUAAAUAAAAAAGCUCAAGACUCACCUGACGGAGGCAGCGGAUCGGCCUGUCGCUUUUGGC